AUGGACGGUCUCUGGCCGGUUUUGCUGUUCGUUCUGUCCGCCGCACAGACCGUCCGGUCGCCGACGUGUUCGCGGCAUUUACGCCGGCCGAAGCCCGGCUAUCACCUGACCAAGGAAUGCGCCGAAUCCCGCAUGCGGACCGUGGCCGCGUCGAACGCCACGGACAUUGGCUCGUGCGAGGAACUGGCGGCGGCGAAAAACGCGUUCGCUUUUGCAUACGCCGACGCGAACCGGUCCGAAGGUCCGAAACUAUAA